AUGGCUCAGUUCAAAACCCGGGAGAGGACCGGUGCUGCUUCAGCCUCCAUCUGCACUUGCGCCGACACUCCUCUCCCCCUCCCAGACCACCGCCGCGCCCCGGCCUUCGCCACCCUCUGCCGGACAUCGCGCGAGCUCAACAGCCUGGCAACAGCCCACCUUUACCACAGCCCAAUCUGCGACAGAAACGUAGCAGGGCUCACCCAGACUCUGCUCACCCGCAAGGAUCUCGCCUCGUUGGUCGAGGAACUGCGCGUCCCCAGGGUCCUGGCCUUUGGGCCCUCGAACUGGGCCCCAGCGACAGCCGCCCACUUCACCCGUCGGUUCCAAACCGUUCUUGACGCGGAGUCCGAGAUUGUCGUCUCUGCGGGCAACUUCCCCCUCGACAUCCUGACCAGCCUCUGCCUCAGCCUGGAAACUCUGGACGCCACCCUCGACUUCCGCGAGUCCUUCCGCCUGUGCACACCACACUCUUUGCCGCGCUUACAUACCGUCAACCUCGGCCAUGACGAUGUGGACGGAGGCAUGGACCUAUCCAACAUCUUCUCCCUGAUUAUCGCGGCAUGUCCCAAUUUCGAGACGCUCAAGUACGAGAGGAGGGGCCCAACGGGCUGGUUCAGCCAGUUCAGUUUGCUCGAGCUCAGGGACGCCGUGAUUGCCCACACGCCCAUAUUUGCCACGCUGCGCGUAUGGUACAUCAGAGAUUUGACGUCUACUUGGGAUGACGAUUGGGAGGACAGAUCGGACAUAGAGUCGGUUUCCGAGUUGCGGAGCGCCAUGACGGCACGAGGAAUCCAGUUCGAUUAUAGGGGAUCAUCAUACUCGUCACCGACAUGA